AUCUAGAAACAGCUGGAAACAAAUGAACUACUGAUACUCGUAGUCCGGUCGCCAUCUUGUCAUUAUUUUUGUGGUUAUUAUUUUCUGUAUGAUUUCUUGAGAAGUUUUCGAAAGUUUUUAAUGUUUUUUGUAUGGAAAAAUAGAUUAAAAUACGAAAAAUCUAUUAUCUACAAUAAUGAGUAAAAUGUGGAAGAAGUAUUUGUUGUGGUUCGCACAGGAACAUGUCGAAUUUCGAGUUUCCGAAAUAGAAUCGCUACUAUCUCUGCUUCGUAUUCAUAUGAAAUAUCAGGAAAAACCUAGAGAUUUGCAGCCUUACUGGGUAGUCGAAUUUUCAUCUGAAGAUGAUGCAAAACUACUUGCUAGUCGAUCUGUGUCUCUUAGAACGUGUCUAGAGCUGUGGGGCCAUGAACCGAGUUUAGAGAAGCUUCAUAAUACCUUACAUGCAAAGGCUGAAAUGCUUGCUAGCUAUUUUCCACCAAACAAGUCCUUUAAAAUUGAAGUUGAGACAUUUUGUAGGCAUUUUACUUUACAAGAAAAAGUUGAGAAGAUUGAGACUUUUUCAUAUUUACCUUUACAAGGGGAGGUGAAUCUUAAGAGUCCAGAUAUUAGAUUGUAUUACAUUGAAUAUUAUGGUACAAAAGCUCUUGAACCUCCUGAGUUACCUUAUGAUGUGUUUUUUGGAAGAUGGGUGGCUGAUGGACUUAGGCAGUUAAGUAAGAAACUAUCUUUAAAAACUAGGAAAUUUAUUGGUAAUACUAGCAUGGAUCCUCAACUUUCUCUUCUGAUGGCUAAUCAAGCCCAAAUUCAUGAUGGUGACAUAGUUUUAGACCCUUUUGUUGGUUCAGGUUCUUUGUUAGUAGCAGCAGCACAAUUUGGUGCAUAUGUUUUUGGUUCUGACAUAGAUUAUCUGAUGUUACAUGGCAGAACGAAACCAUCAAGAAUAAGACAAAAGAAAAGAGAAAAUGAUGAAUCUAUAUGUGCUAAUAUGCAGCAAUAUAACUUAGGACAUAAGUAUUUAGAUGUUCUUGUGAAUGAUUUUGCCAUGGUUUUUUGGAAAGAUUCACUUGAAUUUGAUGCGGUGAUCACUGACCCACCAUAUGGUAUCAGGGAAGCAACAGAAAGAAUAGGAACCGAAAAAGAAGAUUGUGUGGUGAGUGAUGAGCAUUUAGCUACUCAUGUACCGGCCAAAAUAGAGUAUGGAAUUCCAAGCAUAUACAGAGAUUUAUUGGUAUUUUCUGCUAAGCAUUUGAGGAUAGGAGGCAGGCUAGUGUGUUGGUUUCCUGUAUUUCGGGAAGACUACACUGAAAGAUGUCUUCCACAACACCCUUGUCUAAAACUAGUAGCCAACAGUGAACAGCCUUUAAGUAAAGUGACAUCACGCCGAUUGCUGACGUACGAAAAAAUCAGACAACCCAGCCAGAGUGAGCUGGAAAUCCGGGAUAUUUCCAUUCAGGAUUUUAGGGAAAAAUAUUUUGUGCUUAGGGAGGAAACCAGGAAGGAGAGGAGACUCAGGGAGGCAGCAGUAAGGAAAGAAAAUUGGGAAAAAUAUAAAGAGAAUAAAAAAUAAUAAAUGUG